AUAUUGAUGCGUAAUUGGUCGAAGUAUUUGAUUGUGUGGACUUGGUGUUUACAAACUGCAAAAAAUCUGAGYUCUUCAAGACUUCAGACAAAGCCGCCAUAUUGUCAGUUACUUCUUCAUGGAMGUCAUGAUUUGUUUUCGAAUUCUAUGGAGUCUGGCGCUCUUGGUAGAUAUUGUCAACGCAAAAUGCAAAACGAUGACUUUCAAAUCUGAUGACGAGUUUGACCACAAAGCCUUAAAAGGUCACGUGUUCACGGCCAAGUGGKCCUCGGACCGAAGGGAUUGUCGUAGGAGGUGCUACAGAAACCAUCGUCACCGUUGUAUYAGUUACAAUUUUAUUGUGAGCAAAAACAAAUGCCAAUUGAGCGAUUCAGACCACGUGAUGCAUCCAAAYGAUCUUAUUGGUGAAGAGGGAACAUUUUAUGGCAGAGCAAAGAACAAUUGCCAUCAGUGUGAACCGUUUGAAGUCUGCAACACUAAGUUUGUGGAUGGCAAUCAUGGUAGCUGUACCUGUAAAGCAGGAUUCACUGGUGCAAAGUGUGACGUAGUCACAACUCCUUGCGAUUCCACUCCUUGCCAAAAUGRCGGUGUGUGCACUCCAGAUGGAAACUCCUUCAAAUGCACAUGUGCGUCGAAAUACACUGGGGUGACUUGUUACACAGUAAUAAGAACAACUUGUGAUUCCAACCCUUGCCAAAAUGCCGGUGUGUGUAUUCCAGAUGGCACCUCCUUCAAAUGUACCUGYGCUUCGAAAUACACUGGAUUGAACUGUGAAACAGCGAUAACACUCUGCGAUCCAAAUCCCUGCCCAMARGGACAACAAUGUAUAGAUAUGGGCGUGAAUUAUGUCUGUUCAUCCGACGAUAGAUAA